AUGGCAGGCAAGAAGAAAGAAAUUCAGCUUCAGACCACAAUAUGCAACCAAAAUGAGUGGGAUGAAAUGUUGCUGACAAAAGGCGUAGUAGUAAUAGAUGUGUAUCAAGCUUGGUGCGGCCCUUGCAAAGCUGUGGUAAAUUUAUUCAGAAAACUGAAGAAUGACUUCAGUGAAGAUGAUGUGCUGCAUUUUGCAGUGGCAGAAGCUGACAGCAUUGAGACUCUGCAACCAUUUAGGAAUAAAUGUGAACCUGUGUUUCUCUUUUGUGUUAACGGCAAAAUUAUUACAAUAGUGAGAGGUGCAAAUGCUCCUCUUAUAAGUAAGAAAGUAACAGAACUAGUACAAGAAGAGAGGGAAAUUCUGGCUGGACAGAAGGAACGCCCCAAGGUGGAUGAACUUGUUUUCCUAGAAGAGAAAUUGUCAGAAGAGUCUAUUGAGGAGACUGUACCUGAGGAAGAAGUCACAUACUCUGUUGGAAUUAUAAAACCUGAUGAUGUUUCGGAGGGACGUGUAGAGGAAAUUAAACAAAAGAUUAGAGACGCAGGCUUUGGCAUUGCAGCAUCAGAAGAGAAAAUGCUAAGUGAAGAGCAAAUCAGAGAAUUCUACACCAAGAAAAGAGAACAGCCUGAUUUUGAUGAUUUUGUUCAAUUCAUGAUGAGUGGACCGUGCCAUAUUCUGAUAAUCACUAAAAAAAAAGGAACAGAUGCUAUUCCUCUCUGGAAAGAACUGCAUGAAACAAGUGAAGGCAUGCCUGGUGAGGCUGAGGCUGAAGAAACAGAUAGGCUGCAAAGAACUGAAGAAAAUGAGACUAUAUCAAAUAUAUGUGAUGUGCCAGACAGCUUAGAAGAUGCUAGCAGGCAACUCGCCUUCUUUUUCCCAAAUUUUGAUAGAAAGAGCACAGAACAAAAAUUUGAGAAGACGUUGGCCUUAAUUAGACCUUGUGUCCUAAGAGAAAGACGGGAUUCCAUUAUGCAAAGCAUAAAAGAUGAUGGCUUUGAGGUAGCGAUGCAGAAGGAAAUAACCCUAUCUGAAGAACAAGCACGAGAAUUUUAUAAAGAACAUGAAAACGAAGACUAUUUCCCAGCACUGCUAGAACAAAUGACCAGUGGUCCAACACUUGUACUUGCUCUAACACGACAAAAUGCUAUAGCACACUGGAGAGAUUUAUUAGGCCCAAAGACUAUUGAAGAGGCAAAGAAGAAAAAUCCAAACAGUUUACGUGCAAAGUAUGCAGUCGACAACUUAGAUAUUAAUCAGCUGCAUGGUAGUUCUUCACUUACUGAUGCUCAGAAGGAAUUAGAGUUCUUCUUCCCUCAGGAGCACACUUUGGCAUUAAUCAAACCUGCUGCUGCUAAAAAUCACAAAGAUGAAAUUAUGCAAAAGGUUAAAGAUGCUGGGUUUACUAUAUCAAAAAUUAAAGAAGAAGCUUUAACUCGUGAAAUGGCUACACAGUUUUACAAGGAUCAUGAAGGAAAACCCUUUUUUGAAGAGCUAGUGGCAUGCAUGACUGAGGGCCCGUCUGUGGUAAUGGUCUUAACAAAGGAAAAUGCUGUCCAAGAGUGGAGGAAACUAAUGGGUCCAACAGACCCAGAAGUGGCAAAAGAGAGCUAUCCUGAAUCAAUUCGAGCCCAGUUUGCACAAAAUAUUUUGUCGAAUGCUGUUCAUGGAUCAUCUAAUAGAGAACAUGCACUGGAAAGCAUUGAGUAUGUUUUCGGCGAGAUUGAUAUAGAUUGA